AAAGCGUUGGAGCGUCGAUGGCUUCGGUGGUCCAGACUUGCUCCAACCUGGCUUCUAUGUGUUCCGCUGGUUCUGACAGCCUUUGUCGUGAUCACGUUCGCCAAGAGACAUUUCGGCUCGGUGCGCAUCGGGUCCGAGCUGCUACCCUUCAAUCAGAUGGAGAGAAGCCACGCCUCAAGGGAGAUGACUUUGACCCUAGUCAGACGCAGCCUUGAAAUUUUCUGGGCCCAAGAGAGGAAAGGUCUUACUGUAAAAGAAAUAUGCGCCGCGAAUAAAAGCGACAAUCUGUGCGUUAAUGUUGAGAAAGAAAUGUCGACGUUGAGAUCCAUGGGAUUUAUGCCCGAGGCGGGUAUCAACACGUCACAUCCGGUUAUAAACUCGCCAAACAAGCACCGAGCCGCUUCUUUUGAGCGUGAGCGCAAUUUCGAUCAAAUCGUGGAAUCGGUGAAGGGUGCGCUGUGCUAUAACGCAAGCACGACCCAGCACAAACGUACCCGCGCAUUGGAUCCUACGUUCUGUCACAGGUCGCUCAAGCUGCUGCGAGACAUCCACGAAGGCGUUGAGCCGCCGCUCCUGGUAAUGUUCACAUGGUGGCCGGACCCCAUGACGGACCUGGAUAAGGUCAACCGGAAACUCAUGUACGAAAAUUUGAACAUGCUCCGUCCGAUCGUGGAGCCCGUCCUGUUCACGGACAGCCGGAUGAACAUGGCCAGCGCCAACAGCGUCAACUGGACCUGUCUUCCAGUUCCGGAGGCCAACCACGAGGGCGUGCCCGUUUUCAGGAGCAUGUCCGCUGUCGUCAUGGGCAAGUUUAAUGCCACGUUCUAUGGGUACGCUCGCGCCACAACAGUUUUCGACGCGUCGUUCAUAGAAACGCUUUUGGCGAUUAAAGAACUCUACGUCACGCCGUCUACCACAGCCUCCAAACAAGGGAAAACACGGGCACUGAAUACCGCCGGGAAGCCAGUAUUUAUUUAUGGGAAGGCGAUGCAUUAUUACAGGCUAGGGUGGUUUCGUAACCUGCAACUGCUCAGUCGAGACGCUAUCGCUAACGGCAACCACACAUGGGCGGACCCGAAGAACGCUCUGGUGUACUUCGUGGGCACGAAGCAGGACAUGUCCGACGUUCCGCCGCUGAUUGUCGACGAUAAACACUUGACGCCGUUUUUGGUGCACAGGUCAAGGGUUCGGGGUCACGUGACGGUGGAGGCGAGUUUGACCGUCCUGGCAGUGUACACGUUCAGGAACAUGAGUACAACCGAGUGGGGCAGGGAAUUUAUCUGCACGCGGCCACGUGACCCAGAUUACAACAGGGCAUUGGUUGUCAGAUACAUGAGCGGGUUCAAUUCCACGGAAAGUGCCAAACUCACUGAAGAGUUCUACUCAAAAUACGGAGAUACAGGGAGAGUUGUCAUUGAAAAAUAGAUUAUCUGAAUUGCAAUUGAUAUCAGAGCUUCCAGCUCUAAAACAAUUUUAAACUCUACAUUCUGAUAUUAUAUCAUCCCAUUGGAUUAGCCAGCACUCGACGUCACGAUGGGUUUUGUUUAUUUGUUGCUUACUAAUCUCGAUUGAUCCCUGAGUGUGUCAUCAAAUAUAUUAUAUGAGUGAUUGCUCUGCUCACAAAAAAAUAAUAUGAGCGUAUUGAUAUAUUCGGAGCACAUAUAAUUAUAUUCCACCGGAGUCUAUCAUAUGAAAAAACUGAAAGAUUUCCUCUAACACAGUGGUUUUCAAACUUCCUAUUGCCGCAACCCUUUAAUACAGUUCCUCAUGUUGUGGUGAUCCCAAACCAUAAAAUUAUUUUCUUUGCUACUUUAUUAGAAAUGUGUUUUCUGAUGGUCUUAGGCUAC